UGGGGGCGGCGGGGCGGCAGCCGGGGAGAGAGCGCGAGGCCAAGCGAAGCGAGCUGCGGAGAUUAGUCAGAGUUUCAGCGCUGUGCUCCCGGGGCGCAGGAAGGACCAGAGGCCGCUGUCAACCUGCCAGGAGCUCCCUCCCAAGCCGAGCUCAGAGAGGAGAGAGGCGGGCACGGUAACGGAGGACUUGUUCAGACCCACAGAGCGAGGCUACGCAGAGCGGGGCGCCGGGGAUAUAGGAGCCGAAGCGGCCGUCGCAUCGCUCCACACAGUCGAAGAAAUCCGGUCCUGAGCGCGAAAAGACCGUUCAGAGAGGCCGGCGUUUCAACAAGAACGAGAAGAAGACGAGCAGAGGAGAGGCUCUGAAUACAGCUGGAGAGAAUUAAAUCCAAACUGAGGAAUUCAUUACAACAUUCAGACUGAACUCUGUGGAUUUUUCUCUUACCUUUUGUGUGUGUGUGUUUUUUUUACCCACAACCUGUUUUUAAAAGAAAGAGAGUUAUUCAUUGAAACAGACAUUAAUCUUUUUGUCUGACAGUGAGACUCUUGAAUGUUUGACCUCGACAUUUUCCUGGGAGAUGAAAGACUCGGCACUUUUUUCUUCUUUGUGAAUCUUUUGGACGGCAGGUUUGAGAGGAACCUCUAGGAGCUGAAGGGGGUUUUUCUUUUUCUUCUUCUUUCUUUUAACUUUCAACUUGUGCAGUCUCUUUCGUUUUCUGUUUUUGGCUCUGUUAUGUCACCCUGCCUUUUCCUGAUAACGUUUUGUUUCUCAUAAAAGAAAGAGAGGGACGUGACAGACUCAAGUUUCUCUGCUACGAGCCUGAAUAGCAUCUGAAUUCCAGUUUGGCUUUUACAAGAGGACAAAUCCUCCUUUGUGUGUGCGACUGAGUGUGUGUUUGUGUAGAUCACUGUCCCUCUGUGAUACAUUAACGUGUAUCAGGGGACAAUAACGGGCCCUGUGUGUCUCUUCUGGGAAAAUGGGAUCAGAAAAGGACUCAGAGUCGCCUCACUCCUCAGUGAGUGGCGUGCCCAACCCUAAGUGCCGUGCGGCAGGCAAACGCCAGGGCCGCAUCUCCUUUCACAGCCUUUUCCACAGCAAGCGGGGCUCUCGGGGCACCAGGGGCCCCAAAGGAGCAGCGGCCACCCCUUUAUCCCAUCAUCACCCACAUCACCACACACAACAACAGCUCCUGCCUUCUGCCUUGGGCUCAGCGCCCACCGCAGCUGCUGCUACGCCCACGACCACAACCACCACAGCCGCCACGACCCCCCUGGACGCCGCCUCCAGCACCCCAUCGAAACCACUCUCCUCCAGCCAGCCGUCCCUGGGUGGAGCCCCUGCCUCCGGGGAGGCCAACCUCCUGGAGUGCCCCCUGUGCCUGGUGUGCCAGCCCGCAGACCAGCUCCCCGAGCUGCUGGGGUGCAGCCACCGCUCCUGCCUCUGCUGCCUGCGCCAGUACCUCCGCAUCGAAAUCACAGAGAGCCGAGUCCAGCUCAGCUGCCCCGAGUGCGCCGAGAGACUGGCCCCGCGGCAGGUGGCGGACAUCUUGGAUGAUGCGGCCCUGCUGGAGAAGUACGAGGAGUUCCUGCUGCGGAGGUGCCUGGCCUCCGAUCCGGACUGCCGAUGGUGCCCGGCGCCUGACUGCGGGUUUGCCGUCAUCGCCUCGGGCUGUGCCAGCUGUCCCAGGUUGGUUUGUCGCAGAGAGGGCUGCGGCGCUGAGUUCUGCUACCACUGCAAACAGGCCUGGCACCCCAACCAGACCUGCGACUCUGCCCGCCAACAGAGGGCACAGUCCCUGCACACCCACAGCAACCACUCGCCCAGCUAUACACAGGAGCAGGGACCCGCUGAUGACAUCAAGCCCUGUCCUCGCUGCGGCGCCUACAUCAUCAAGAUGAACGAUGGCAGCUGCAAUCACAUGACCUGCGCCGUCUGCGGCUGUGAGUUCUGCUGGCUUUGCAUGAAGGAGAUCUCCGACCUGCACUACCUCAGUCCAUCUGGCUGUACGUUCUGGGGGAAGAAGCCUUGGAGCAGGAAGAAGAAGAUCCUGUGGCAGCUGGGAACUCUGAUCGGAGCUCCGGUUGGCAUCACCCUCAUUGCAGGCAUCGCCGUCCCCGCCAUGGUCAUCGGCAUCCCUGUUUACGUCGGCCGCAAGAUCCAUGCCCACUACGAGCUGAAGAAGACGUCUCGUCACAGAAGGAACCUGGCCAUCACGGGAGGCGUGGCCCUGUCGAUCAUCACCGCCCCCGUCAUCGCAGCUGUCAGCGUGGGCAUCGGCGUGCCCAUCAUGUUGGCCUAUGUGUACGGUGUGGUGCCCAUUUCUCUGUGCCGAGGAGGAGGCUGUGGUGUGAGCAGAGGGAAGGGCCGAGGUGUACGGAUCGACUUUGAUGAGGACGACGGACCGAUCACAGUGGCAGAUGCGUGGCGAGCACUCAAGUCUCCGAGCCUCGGCGAGAGCAGUCUGGACGGGGCAGUCAGCGGUCUGAGCACCACCUCCCCCAGCGAGGGGCUCUCCGUGGCCCCCGGGACUCUGGGUGACACGCCACACUUCAACACCUUGGCAGGAGGGGCCCUGGGAACCCGCACCGGCAAAUACAGCAGGCUGGAGGUUCAAGCAGGGGAGUUGGCUAAAGAAUCAGCCCAGAGGGAGACAGGCAGCCUGGGAGCAGGGAGUGACUGUGCCAGCACCCGAGGAAUGGCCGGAUCCAUCAUCUCCUCCUACACACUGCCUGACAGGGAGUGCACCAACCUGGAGAUCCAGGUGGACAUCGAGACCAAACCCAGCCAUCUCUGCCUGACCAGCGAAGAGGACCUAACCCCGCCCCCGGGCUCUGCUGCCAUGGCGACCGCCUCCGGAGGUGAGGAGCCUCAGGACUGCAGCUCCCGAAGGGGCGGGGCUUUGUCUGGCUCGGCGUUGGGACUGUCACCGGGAGUGUCGAUCAGGGAGGGGCUCAGAGACGUCACCCUGGCUCAGCCGGAGAGCAUCCGCAGCGACCUGGAGAUGUCGGACACGCAGUCGGAUGACAUUGCGGAGCUGACGUCGGACGACUGCGACUCGCCUCACCUGAAAAGCUGUCACAUGGCGGCCGGCCAGCAGCCACAGCCCCCUUCCUGCCGAGCCCUGAACCCCUCCACUGAAGGCCUUCACUGUCCUGCAGACAGCAACGUCAUCCUCUACGUCUGAGAGAACAGGAGCUCUCAGGAUUGCACAAAAAACUAACCGAUCCCCCAACAUUUACAUUUAAACUCCUUUACUUCAUAGCUUUUUUUUCUGUUGUCAUUUCUCAUUUGCUGCUUUUGCGACUCACAGACACCGUCUAAAACACAGACAGCGUUUGUUUACUUUUGUCUGUUUGUCUUAUCUAUCAACCUGUCAAUCUCCUCACUGAGUAAAUUGUCAGGGUUCUACCUCUGAGAUUUAUAAGAUGAUGAUUUAUGUUUACUCCUUGGUGCAAAAUGCCUUGGCUACUUAAGCAAAAAAAAAAAAGAAAAGAAGAAGAAAAAAACAAGAGGUACAAAUUUUCCACAAGAAAUAUUGCAAAACGGAAAUUAUGAAACAAGGUGAAAUGUCACCAAGCACAGCAGAGGGAGAAAGAUUAGUUGAAGACGAAGGGGAUGUUUAUAACGAUGUGUGAGUGAAUGUGGACUUUGUACUCAACUAUUGUGGCUUUAUUUCCCUCUUUUUCCUCUAUUUAUAUUCAGAUGACCUUGAAAUUGUAUUAUUUGCCGUGUGCAUGAGUCUGCAUGAGCUAUGCCUAGUGUGAAAGAUUCAAAAAAGAAAGAAGGGGGGGGGGCAGCAAGUUUCUGUUGCACUGGUGAAAGUUAAAGUUUACUUAAAGAAAGAAGCUGCACUUGAAUCUCACUUUCUCUGCACAGAGGAGGAGGAGGAGGAGGAGGAGGAGGAGGAGGAGGAGGACUGGGGGGGUGGGUUCACUGAAUUAUAGAAAUAAAUGAGUUCUGACAAUGACGUGGCGAGCACAGAAGACACUGCAGUGAAAGCACUAAAAAAGACAUUUAUUCUUCUUCUAUUUUAGUGUGACAGUGUAGGAUCUAUUUCGCACAGUUAAACACAACCCAGUACAGAGAGCGGCUCUGUCCAAGGGCUGGACGAUACAGACAAAAACCUUAUGAUAACUGUCAGAUCAUUAUUUCUUUUGAGUGGAAAGGCUGAUUUUUGCUCCAGAGUCAAAGUUUAAUUAUGGUUUUAAACUUUCUUUAUGGUCACAACAUGUGGAAUAUUUCACUAAUGUGAAGUAGAAAAACAUUUAUACUGAUUAAAAUAUAAUUUAUCUAAUCUAAAAUCUAACUUGAGCAGUGAAUACCUCUCCUCCUGGGAUGUGAUUGACAGUUUCUGAUUGAUUUCUGUGCAUCUAAGCAUGGAAAUUAUAUCGAACGUUUAUCAAGUGUUUGUUAUAUUUAUAUUGAGGAAAAUGAUAUCAUUUUUAUAUAAAAUUAGAUCGUGAUAAUUAUUGUUAUUGUUUUAUCGCCCAGCCCUAUUUUAUCCUACAGUUUUACACUGAGAUCUACAUCAAACAGACAUUUAUCAUUCAGUACAAACUUAUAUAAACUUAUAUAAAUCUAAUGUUAAUCUUAAAAAAAGCAGAAACCUUUAGCUGAAUAAGAGACUUAAACACUUACUGUUUUGUAGGUGCUACAUGGAUGUGGAAAGUGAUGGAGUCACUCUCUCUGGUGACUUGAUCUGCCUUCAUACUAAAAUUCAUAAAAAGCUAUAACAAAAGUUACAUGCAUUAAAACAGCAAUGCAACUUCAGAUUUAGAUGUAGAUUUAUUACCUGGAGACCAUGUUAACGUGUCAGUUACUCUGCUACAAGUAAAAUACAGUAUUCUCUUUAAAAGGCGUCUAUAUUUGCAUAUAACUCUCGGCUAUGUGAAAAUAAUAACAAACUUAAACGUAGAUGGACAGUGUACGUGGCACUGUUUCUAUACUGUACUGUGCUUUGCCUUUUUAUAUUCAGAUACUUCAAAUAUGGCGGCCAUCGCCCAGAUAGUUGGCAUCACAUUUAUUUAUUUGAAUAAACACUGACUGAACAAACUUUUUUAAGCUGUUCAUCUUAACAGUCCUAACUCAAGGUCUUAUUCUGGAGUUUUUGUCACAUCUUACUGUUUCCUCACACAGACAGCCAUUCUCAGUAUGACAACUGGACCAACUCAGUCCACUGAGGAAAACACUGAGAUGUGGUAGAAAGCUCUUGAAAAUGCUAGUGAGUGGACCUUGAGUCCUAUUUUUACAACAGAAGGGGUUAAAAGCUGGAUCACACUACUGUCUAUAGUGUAUAAAAACAUUGUAUUGAUUAAUUUGCAAAUUAUUUUUCUCUAUUAACUAACAAUCUUUUUUUCUAUAAAAUAUCAGAAAAUAGUUUAAAAAAUAGUUGCUAUACUUUUCCAGAGCCAAGUGUAACUUAUUUAGAUUCCUCCACAGUUUACAACACAACAACACAUACUCCCAUUGGAAAAAGGAUUUGGGAUCUUUUUUGGUUAAAAAAGUAAUGAAACGGUCAAUUGAUAACUGACGUCCUGCAUGGGGAAUUAUCCACCUGACAGCGAACACACCUCCACCUCCAGAGUAGCUGCCUAACCUGACGCUGCUCACUCAGCUCUGCGCACAUGGCGGCCCGUCAUUGUCAGACCUCUCUCACUGUGUGUGUGUGUGUGUGUGUGUGUGUGUGUGUGUCAUGUGACUGGACCAGUGUUUGACAGUUGGCUGCCUUCUUGCCUUAUAGACACUCACUGACUAACAACACAACACACACACCCGACUUUGUUUUGGUUUCCGACGUGUUAAGUGGCUGUGUGACCCACUUGAAUGUGUGUGUGUGUGUGUGUGUGUGUGUGUGUGUGUGUGUACGACUGGACUCCUGAUGAAUGUAUUUGUUUGUCCCACUUUGUUUUUUGAAUGAGCACUUGUGCACUUUAUCUGAAUUUACCUUAUUUAUCUUUUUUUGUUUUUUUGCUCUUCAUCAUUUGUUGCUCGUUUACUUCAGUUACAAACAAAAGUCUGUGGUACAACCAAAAUAAAUCACCUACCAGAAGGCCUUUUAUAUUGGAUGUAACUGAAGAGGAGUUUGGCUCAAAAACAACCUAUAACCAUUUUUUUCAGAUAAAUACUUUGUCAAGUUAAUCAUUCAGUAUUUUUACCUUAAAGGGCAUCCAAGAUUUUUAUCAAUUUUGUGAUGCAAGGACUAUAAUUAUCUUAUUUUUUAUAUUUUCUUCUAUUAAUUUAUGUUGUAUUAAUCAUCUUUUAAAGGUCAGUGUCACUUUUGGAGCCAAACACUUCAAUUACUGAUGCCAAUAAGCUCUUCUUGAUCAUAUUCACUAGCCUGUUUCUCAGCUUUCUAUCACCUCUGUGCUUCUGUUUAAAAAAAAAAAAGGUUUUCCACCAGGUGUUCCUUCAAUCCACAACUUGGAAACCUUUUUUUUUCAUCUCAGAGUAGCUUUAUGGAUUUAGCUGCUUAUGUAACUUGGCAGUGCUUUGUUUGGUUUGCACUUAUCACUUGUUUUCUGCCUUCCCUGCCUGUGAGAAAACACACGAAUGUACCACGGACGGAAACCCGAACUUCCCAAAACAGUCCGAAUGAGUGUUAAUGGAAAUGUCCUAUUGAGAACACAGGUGUUCCUGUCUUUAUUUGAAAAGGUUUUAGAGUAUAUAGAUAGCAAUAUUUAAGUGUUAUUAAACUGUUUGUGUAUUUCCUGUUACAGUUGAAGCUCUGCCUUGUGUGGGGUUGUACAUACAGGACUGUGAAAGACAACUUGUUGACAUUUUGAGGGGAAAAAAAUAAAUAAACACAAUCUCAUGUUGCACCAAAA